CCUCUGGGCGGACGCUUCCACUCUCUAAACCACCGCCUCUUUCUCUCAGCAGCACUGGGACUUCAUGCUCCAGCUCUCUUUUUUUUUUUUUUUUUUUAUUAUUUAUGGACCCCUCUCUAAGGACGGUGUGACCGCCUUCAAUGAAGUGUGAAGACGACAACAUGGGAGGCCCCGUGUACCCGAGAUGACCGAUGCUUUUGGUCCAAAUAAGCCCGUCUUGAAGAGGGAAACUUUGAAACAAGGAGCUUGUUUUCGGAGCUCCAGCCUCCUCGCCUCCUCGCCUCCUCUCCUCCUCCUCCCCUCCUCUCUCCCCGUAGGAGCUGAUUCAAAGGCGAAAAAAAAACCAAGAUGGCCGCCGAUUCCGUGCAGGGGGAUGCCAGGGGCCAACUGGUGGCGGAGCGACUGGGUCUGGGACACAACCUGGACCUGUCCGACACCAUGGUUCAACAGAAGCUGGACGAGAUCAAGGAGCAGAUCCGCCGCGAGAUCCGCAAGGAGCUGAAGAUCAAAGAAGGUGCAGAGAACCUGCGAAAGGUCACCACAGACAAGAAGAGCCUGGCUUAUGUUGACAACAUGCUGAAAAAAUCGAACAAGAAGGUCGAGGAGCUUCACCAAGAGCUGCAAGAGCUCAACGCCCACAUCGUGGUCAAAGACCCUGAAGAACUGCUAGAAUGCCCUUUGACCCCAGAUACCCCGAACAGUGAGGCGCGAAUGUGCAACAGCAACAGCCGCCUGGCCGCCCUGAAAAGACAGAACGACAUCGAGCUCAAGGUCAAACAGGGAGCCGAGAACAUGAUUCUGAUGUACUCCAACGGGCCCUCCAAGGAUCGUAAGUUGCUAGCGACUGCCCAGCAGAUGCUUCAGGACAGCAAGACGAAGAUCGAGUUCAUCAGGAUGCAGAUCCUCAAGUCCAGCCAGGCCAGCGAGAUGAGCUUCGAGAGCAACGAUGUGAUGGACAAGCCCAUCAUCAGCCCGUUGGACCUUCGGGUGGAGGAACUGUGUCACCACGCCAAGAUAGAGUCCGCCGUGGCGGAGGGAGCCAAGAACGUCAUGAAGCUCCUGGGCUCGGGAAAAGUCACAGAAAAGAGAGCGCAUUCAGAGGCCCAGGCUCGUUUUAACGAGUCCAGUCAGAAGCUCGACCUCCUGCGAUAUUCCUUGGAGCAGCGCCUCAACGAGUUGCCUAAAAACCACCCUCGCAGCAGCAGCAUCGUGGAAGAGCUUUCCCUGCUGUCCUCGCCGCCCCUCAGUCCCAGAUCCAGCAUCAUCUCCACGCAGAACCAGUACAGCACGGUGACGAAGCCCGCUGCACUCACAGGCACGUUAGACGUCAGGCUCAUGGGCUGUCAGGACCUUCUGGAAAACGUCCCGGGUCGUUCCAAAGCUGCGUCUGUCCCGCUGCCCGGCUGGAGCCCCAGCGAGACGCGCUCGUCCUUCAUCAGCCGAGCAAACCGAAACCGCGGUGUGAGCUCACGGAACAUGACAAAGAGCGAGGAGCUCUCCAAUGAGAUCAGCGCAGUGUUGAAGCUGGACAACACGGUAGUCGGACAAACAAGCUGGAAGUCGGUCAGUAACCAGGCCUGGGACCAGAAGUUUACAUUGGAGCUGGACCGGUCACGUGAGCUGGAGAUCUCGGUGUACUGGCGCGAUUGGCGUUCGCUCUGCGCCGUCAAGUUCCUACGACUGGAGGACUUCCUGGACAACCAGCGUCACGGGAUGUGUUUGUACCUAGAGCCACAGGGGAUGCUGUUUGCUGAGGUAACAUUUUUCAAUCCCGUCAUUGAGAGACGACCAAAGCUUCAAAGACAAAAGAAGAUUUUCUCGAAGCAGCAAGGUAUAACCUUCCUGCGAGCCCCUCAGAUGAACAUCAACAUCGCCACCUGGGGCCGCCUGGUGAGAAGAGCCAUACCGACCGUCAGCACCAACUCCUUCAGCCCGCAGGCGGCUGAGACCGGGACAAGCAGCCUGCCGGGAUCACCCACACCCUGCAGUGACCCGCUGGUGACCAAGCUGGACUUUGACAAAGAGCCCACCCCAGGACCCAAACACUACCCAGUACCCGACGACAUCAGAGAACCACUGGUGCAGGAUAAGAUGCCCGACAAGGAGGAAGUACAGGAUGCCCUCGCCUCAUUCGACUUCUUGAACAAGAGGAACAGCAUGGCGUUGAAGCCGGACCUGGACAGAGACCACUCGGAGCAGGAGAUGCAGCCUCCAGACCUGGAGCUCAUCGCCAUCCAGAAAGACACAGAGAUAAGGGAAGAAGAGCAGUUCCUCUUCAGUCUCCAAGACUUCAAAUGUGUGGCGGUCCUCGGACGUGGUCACUUUGGAAAGGUGUUGUUAGCAGAAUAUAAAAGCACAGGAGAGAUGUUCGCUAUCAAAGCGCUGAAGAAAGGAGACAUUGUGGCUCGUGAUGAGGUGGACAGUCUGAUGUGCGAGAAGAGGAUUUUCGAAACGGUCAACAGCGUCCGCCACCCGUUCCUGGUCAACCUGUUUGCGUGUUUCCAGACGCAGGAACACGUUUGUUUUGUCAUGGAGUACGCUGCGGGAGGUGACCUGAUGAUGCAUAUUCACGCUGACGUUUUCUCCGAGCCUAGGGCCAUAUUUUAUGCAGCCUGCGUCGUAUUGGGAUUACAGUUCUUACAUGACCAUAAGAUUGUAUACAGAGAUUUGAAGCUGGAUAACCUGCUGCUGGAUACAGAGGGCUAUGUAAAGAUUGCUGACUUUGGGCUUUGCAAAGAAGGAAUGGGUUUCAGGGACCGCACCAGCACGUUUUGCGGCACGCCAGAGUUUUUAGCGCCCGAGGUUUUGACCGAAACGUCGUACACUCGCGCUGUGGACUGGUGGGGGCUGGGCGUCCUCAUCUUUGAGAUGCUGGUCGGGGAGUCGCCCUUCCCCGGUGAUGAUGAGGAGGAAGUGUUCGACAGCAUCGUCAAUGACGAAGUCCGCUACCCACGGUUCCUCUCGACCGAGGCCAUAUCCAUCAUGAGGAGGCUUUUGAGAAGGAGUCCAGAACGACGACUGGGAGCAGGAGAAAGGGACGCAGAGGAGGUUAAGAAACAUCUAUUCUUCAGGAACAUGGAUUGGACCGGACUGUUGGCUAAGAAAGUGAAGCCGCCGUUCGUGCCGACCAUUCAGGGCGCCAACGACGUCAGCAAUUUCGACGAUGAAUUUACCUCAGAGGCUCCGAUCUUAACCCCGCCCAGGGAACCGCGAGCGCUGAACUUGGACGAGCAGAACAUGUUCUCUGACUUUGAUUACAUCGCUGACUGGUGUUAGCUCCACCUGACCCCCGUCUAUACACACUCACACACACACACACACUGUGAACCAACCAACACAGCGAUGACUGUAGCUCACAUCAUUUUUAAAACUUUCGUCUCCCUCGCCCAAAAAAUGUUGAGGAGCAACGAGCCUUCGGGCAAAACUCUGUGCCAUUGAGAAGAAAGUCCAGACGCCUCCCGAGGACCCUCCCCACUUAUUUUUUAAUCCACAUGAAGAACGUUUUUUUUAAGAAAAAAAAGAAAACAAAUGAAACUCUGUUGUUGGAGAGUGAAGGAGGAGGAAUGCUUCGUCCUCCUGCGCACGUCGUCGUCGUGUCCAUUGUCUGACCACUGAGAAUGUUUUUCAUAUGAACUCCUGAGAAGACGGCAACAUCACAAUCAUGUUAUUCAGUGUCACUGUCUUCAGCUUUUCCUUUUGAUCUGUACAGAUUAUAUUCAGUCGUAUAUUUUAUUGUUUUUCUUUCCUUUCUUUAUUUGCCCUCGCCAUAGCUUCAGGACAUUUUUAUCUCACUGUAAAGUUUGACAUUUCCGCCAGGUGUUCAGUGAAUUUGAAAUGCUCAAAGCAUUAUCGUCACUGAGCGGUUCAACUACAACAAACAUCUUGACUACUACUGCUGCUUCCUCACUUGAAAUCAAAAGUCUUUACACUACAUUUCUUUUUGUCCACAAUCUGUUUUAAAGGUGCUAUUGAUAACAUUCAGCCACUAGAUGUUGCAUUCACUUCACAACAAGUGGUUGCCAGGCACUUAACGUCAAACUCAGCCAGUUAUUUUUCCACACUACCUGCCAACUUGAUCGCUGACGACACCGAAAUACCACAUGAUACCAACGUUGUUGGUAUCACAAGCCUUGUUAGAAGUCUUAGAUGUCUUCUACAGAGAUAAAACAUUCAUUUCGGACCAGUCAAAAUUCUUUAAAUGAUUAAUUCAGUCAUCAUUCUUUGAAGAAAUACCAUACUCUUUAUUCAACGCCUUUCUAAAAGCUCUGUGGAUGAAAUAUCCGUCUACAUAAAAUGUUAUUAAUAACACCUUUAACACUUUUCUUCUUACUUAGCCUCCAUGUCUGCAUACAAGAAUCCACAUAAUAAUAGUACUCUUCAGUAUAAAACAGAAGUCCAUCCAGUGUUAACUGCUACUUUAGUUGUUAAAUUAACUUCCAUCACUAUGUUUUAUUUGGAACUUAGUAUUGGAAAUGAGUUGAUAAUUAAAAGAUGCCUUUUGGCCAGAAGAAAUGAUGUAAAACUCUUUCCUAUUCCUUUCUGUCUGAUGCCCUCUAGUGGCUCUGUAGAUAUCCACCUGAUCUCAGCUCUAAUGAUCAAACUGCUGCUUGGUAUUGCAGCAUCUUUAAUUAUCUUAAUUAUGUUUUUCAGAGCGGAGUUCAGUUGGAUUUCUUUUAUUUGUUUUUUGGUUUUCAUUCCUCAAUGAACAGCCGGUUGUGGUGAACCUGAGAGCGUUGUUCUUGUUACCUCAAAGUAAAAACACUAAAGUGAGUCGCACAGUUAAAAGCUACCAAAACCAAAUUCAUCCUGUCCCUCUUGAAGCAGCAGACAAACAACUCCUCACGGUUAACUCAAAUCUGAUUGAUGGAUUGACCGUGAACCCGAUGACAGAUGAAGCAAAGAUGUGUUGUGCAGAAAUCCAUAAGACAAGUGCUGUUUUUUUGGGAAAUAUACAAAACUAUUCCAGGUUUCUGUCAAAAUGCAGUUCAAAUGCUUCCCACACCGACUUCCUGUCAAUUUGCAUGUUUUAUAGAAACGGACUCAAAUGUUGGAGACCUGUUGAUAUGAAUCACUACAGGGGAGGGCAGGGUAUAUUAUAUAUACAUACUGUAUGUACACAAUUAAGCUGAAAGCACUAAUUUUAUCAAUAGUUUUUAAUUAUCUACGUUUCUUAAUGAUGAAAAUAGAUUGUACAAAGUUUUUUUUUUAUUCUUUGCUUGUGCAUGUUGUUGCCAGAACAGACAAAAACUUUAUGGAUGGUACACCAAUACUCAAGUCACACAACUGUUGCAGUUCACCCCGGUGUAAAAAAGACAAAAAAGGCAUUUCUGCAGUCAUUGUUGCCCAUCAUGAAUGCACAAAUUAAACAUUUGUAAUAGUG